AUGGAGUACCGACGUGGCUUCGGGACGCUGCGCGACGUCCGCGUCAUCGGCUUCUACAGCGCGCUGGACGCGCGCUCGGAGCGUCCGUGCGUCGUGUACGUCAUCGAGGUCGCCCACGUGCCCAUGGAAGGCAUGGCAGCGCCUGUCUCGUUCCUCGUCUAUCGGCGCUACUCGCAGAUCGCAAUCCUCGCCUCCAAGCUGCACUUUCACCCGUCCGUGGGCCUCCCGCCCAAGUACGCGCUGCAGCCUUUCCCGCUCACGGACGAGCAGCUCUGCCACCGGUACGAAGGUCUUCGCCACUUUGUCGAGGAAGUCUUUCUCGAGCUGCGCCAAGCGCACCAUGCAGGCAAGCACCACGACGUCGAGUCGACGGCCGGCCUCGACAUGCAGACGUACUGUGACUUUGUGUCGGCCAACAAGAAUCGACCGCCGGCGCCCGUGACGCCGCCGCUGCCGUCCUGGGCGACACCGACCGAGCUCGACGUCCCGUCCCGCAACCCAUCGAUGUCGUCUGGUGGCACGUGGCCCGACAUUGAGAGCUACGACAGCGAAGACUUUGGCGACGAGACUCCUCCUCCUCCUCCGCUGCUGGACGUCGCCAACGCGUUCCGCAACGACGUGCUGCAGGCAGAAGGCCAAUGCCACGCGCUGUGGAACUGCGUCCAAGCCUAUGUGCACGCGGCCGCCGCGUGGAGCCAAGCGGCAGAGACCAUGCAGGUGGAGCUCGAGCGAUGUGCGCUCCUGCCGUUGCUCGCGAGUGCGCCGCGUGUGGCCAGGACGCCUGCGAUGCAUCACAUGGCGGCCUUCAAGAGCCUCGAGCGCGACUGUGCUCGGAACGUUCUCCAACCGCUGCAGCACCUCUGUCGACAGGUCUUUCCAGACGUCAAGGACGUCUUUUGGAGUCAGAACGAGACGCCGAUCGCCCACCCGAUCAAGCGCGUGCUGGCCGAGCGCGCGCACCUUGCCGAGGUUGUACUUGAGACCGUGCGCAAGUGCGGCGCAUCCCUCGCGACCGCCCAAGCGGCGUGGCUCCUUGCGCAACAGCCGCCACCGACGACCGAGGUCGAGGUCGAUCCGACUGCGAGCGUCGAAUCGGAGGAGACAUCGCCGGCGAUUCCGACGCUGCUGCCAGUGAUGACGCCUCAUGUGGACGGCCACAUCACCCGCGUUUACGUAUGGGGGCGAAUUCCCGACACCUCAAGCGUGCAGCAGCACUUGGUGCUGCGUCCGACGGAACAUCCGAUCUUACGCGGGCAAGCCAUCGCCCAAGUCGCGUCGGGCGGCGAGCGCCUCUUGUACCUCACAGGCUCGGGCGAUCUCUACAGCUUUGGGCCUGACGAAGAAAAGCGGGGCGAUGGCUUCCUGGCGCCGCACCUCAUCGAGCAGUUUGCGCUCGACAAGGCGCUGAACGGGUCGCGCAUCGUGAGCAUUGCGUGCGGCGCGCAACAUGCCGCCGCCAUUAGCCAGCACGGCGAGCUGUACACGUGGGGCAGUGGCGAGGACGGGCGGCUCGGCCACGGCGACAUUCGCGACCGAGCGAUUCCGCGCAAGGUCAUGAGCCUCCUCUCCCAGCGCGUCGUGCAAGCGAGCUGCGGCGGCGCACACACGGCCGUUGUUACUACGACGCAUGGUCUCUACACGUUUGGACGCGCCAAGAACGGUCGUCUCGGCCUCGGUGAAGACGCCACAACGUUUAAAAUGACGCCGGAAGCCAUUGCAACGCCCGUGGACGAGUGGACGGCGGUUUGCUGCGGCUGGAACUUUACCGCGGGCCGCGUCUACUGCUGGGGCAAGCAAGGCGAGGGGCAGUGCGGCUUAGGGUACGCGAACCAGGACCAGUGCGCACCCGUCCGCGUCGACGCCCUGGCUCCGUACGAGAUUGUCCAAGUUGCUUGCGGCUACACGCACACGCUGGCGCUGUCGCGGCAAGGCGAUGUCUUUAGCUGGGGUCUCGGCGAGUACGGCCAGCUCGGCAAGGGCAGCGUGUACCAGCCCGUGCCGGAGCUGGUCGAUAUGAGCCACUGCAUGGGCCCCCCUGACCAAGUGCAGACAGUGUACUGCGGCGCGUUUCACUCGGUGGCGACAACGACCCAAAACGUCAUGCUCGCGUGGGGACUCAACAUGUACGGCGCCUGUGGUCUCGGCCACGUCCAGAACCGAGACACGCCCGAGCGUCUCGACUGCUUCGAUCCGAACCUCGCGCUGCGCGUGGCGUGCGGCCACAAGUUUACCGUCGCCGUUCAGCUGUACGGUGUCUCGUCACCGUCGAUGAUGCGAUAUGGUCGAGACGGCGCAGGUCGAGCCCGAGCCAGUGGGUGGCGCCGACCACGGCGAGCCGCCGCACAGCGGUGUCGCGAGAGAAGAGGAGCUUCGUCGGACAAAGAAGGUACAAUCGCCGUCCGUGGAGACGAUGAAAGUUGGUCUGCAAUAGCUCUGGCGCAACCGCAUCACUGGGCCGAGAGUAAGGACUCGGCGCUGGCGCAGUCGCUCUGGCGUCAAGGCAUCCCGCCCUCGAUCCGCUCGACCGUGUGGCCGCUCGCCAUCGGGAACGGGCUCAAGAUCACGCCCGAGAUGUACGACAUCUACCGCCAUCGCGCGUCAAAGGCCCGGUCGGGCGAGAUGCUGCCGACCGAAGGCCGCGAGCACACGGUGAUGUUGAUUCACACGGAUCUGCCGCGCACGUUUCCGUCGCUCAAGCUCUUUGACGCGAGCGGUCCCUACUUUGAGUUUCUGCGCGAAGUGCUCGAGACGUACGCGUGUUACCGACCGGACCUGGGCUACAUCCAGGGCAUGUCGUACAUCGCCGCUCUCCUCUGCCUGCACAUCCCGACGGACCGGUACUUGACGUUCCAGUGCUUGGCCAAUGUCAUGGUCCACGAACACCUCUUUACCUUUUACCUCCUCAAGGCCGACCUCUCCCACGUUUACUACGCCUACUUCGACGACGGCUUUGCGUCGACGCUCCCCGACGUGCACGCGCAUCUCCAGAGCCUCGGCAUCCAGACGUCCAUGUACCUCAUGAACUGGCUCCAAACGCUCUUCCUCCAAGUGCUGCCGCUGGAAGUGGCUUCGCGCGUCUUUGAUUGUUUCCUCCUCGAUGGCGUCGGGUUUCUCUUCCGGACGGCCCUUGGCAUCAUCUCGCUUCUCUCGCCGACGCUUCUCCAGAGCGAGCUCGAAGAAGCGCUGCCGCUACUGCAGCGCCACCACCAGUACCACGCGCAGUGGGCCUCGACGCUGACCGAAGAUCGCCUCUUUGAUGCGAUAGCGACCAUGAGUCUACCGAGCCGCAUAACGACGGGCCUCGACAGCGCAGUGCAGAACGUGUACUUUUACCAGCCACACCUGCCCGCGGAGCCAGCGCUGUUCCCAACGACCCUCACGCGGCGCCGGUCCAACUACGACGGAAAGAAACUUCUCCGCUUGACGUGA